AUGAUUCUAACUGGUAGAAGAAAAUCGGAAAAAAUACUCUCAAAAUCAUUAAGACCUUCCUUAUUUUUAAAUGAAUUCGAUUUAUCAUCUAUGCUCUAAACAUCUUCAGUGAAAACAGAAGGUAAUAUUAAAUCUGUCUCAAAAACAGAAGCAUAACCAAUUCAAAGUUCAUUAAGUGUGAUUCCUGAAAACCCCACUUUUUCAAUGUUACCCCAAAUAGAAGAGAAAUUUGUUCUAAAAUCCAAAGAAGUUAUUUUUUCUAAAGAAAAAAGAGAAUCAAAACUUUUAAAAAACCUGGCUUCUGAAUAAUUAUUACAAUAAUCAAAGCUUGAUCUUAAGUUGCCACUUAUAUAGCAAAGUCCAUAAAUUAAGUCAUUGCCUAGGCAUUCUAGAUAAUUUACUAAUGAAGAUCUUAAAAAAGUUGAAUUUAGACCCUCAAUUAUGGUUAUUGACUUUAUAAAUAAUAUUGUNAGCUUUUGCUCUAUUUUACUCCAAACUUAUAAGGAAAGUCAUUCCCUAUUCCACUUUUAUUAUUGUAAAUUGGGCAUAAACAAUUAUUUAUAUUCAAUAUUUACUUUAACUUUUGUCAAAAUACAAGAGAUACACUCUCCAAUAUAUUGUGUUUAAAGAAAAAUUUUUUUUGAAGUGUGA